UCGGCAUGCUGUUCUAAAUUGCGCGGAUAACCGUUUAUUGUUUUUUUGAAGAAUGCCAAUAUUGUUAAAUUCACGUUUGUUGAUGUAGAGAGAAUAAAAAGAAUAAAAACAACGUGUGUUAUUACAUAAUAUACUAACAUGGCACUUCGUAAAACUACCGUAGCGGAAUUACCAUCGACUGCUAUCCGUUUGACGCGGGAAGAAGCUAUCGAGUAUCAAUAUGAAGCGAUUCGGCAGUGGCAACCUGAAUCAGAAAUGUGGCCACUGAUGUAUGGCUCCCUUGCCAUGGGCGCAGUCAGCUCUCUAUCGGGGGCUGUCAUCAAUGAAUACUUUAGGAGAACAUUGUUCCUGCCCAAAUCCUCCUUGAUUGUAAUUGGCAUGCCUGUGAUUGGUGUUGCUUCUCUCAUAUUGACUAUUGCACACCACAAGUUGACCUCAGAUCUUCUGUUAAUGGACACCCCAUGUAUGCCUUGUCUGCAAGGAAAAUCAGCUCUGCUUGUUGGAUUUUUUGGGACAAUUUACCCAGUUAUAGGUUCCUCAGUUGGGAACAUGAUGCAAGCACAGAGGAUGGGGACUACUUACAUACCUUCAUUGACUAAAGAAAGACCCAAGUUUUUCAAAUUUUGGCAGCAGUUGAUCCAAAAGAAGAGCAGCUUUUACGCCAAAUCUUUAGCAGUGAAUAUCGUUUUGGCAACGGUUGUCACGCACUACCAGCAAAAGGCCUUCUUCCGGUUAAACCAGCAAGAUCAAUGAUGUUUCUCAUUUAGUCAUGUUAAUAAUACAUUUUCCUAGAACACUU